AUGCGGUGGUGCUUGGGAUGGAUCUGUGCAUCCCGCCAGCUUAGGGAGGUGGGUGUCCGCAGAGUGGCGGUGGCGUGCGCGCUGCAGCCGCUGGAUGUGGUCAAGAUCCGGCUGCAGACGGGCAUGGGCGGCUACCGGGGGGCGGCGCACUGCGCCUACUCCAUCGUCGCCCACGAGGGCCUAACCGGGCUCUACGCGGGCACCAGCGCCGCCCUGCUGCGGCACGCCAUCCACGCUAUUGGCUGGGUCUCCGCGCACUCCAUCUUCAUCAGCACUCUCACGAACCAGCGGCCGAUUGGCGCCGCGCAGCGCCUGCUGAGCGGCCGAGGCUCGAUGGCCAACAUCAUGGGCUUCCACCUGCAGGUGAACUGGCCCGACACGUUGCACGAGCACGGCGUGCUCAGGGGCUUCUGCUACGGGGCCAUCGUCGGCGUCGUGGCGGCCAUCAUGUCCAACCCCGCCGAGGUGGCGAUGGUGCGGAUGGCGACGGAUGGAAUGCUGCGGAAAUCGAAGCGCCAACAGUACCGCCACGUAAUGGACGCGAUGCGGCGCAUACGGCACGAGGAGGGCCUGUGGGCGCUGUGGUCCGGCUCUCUCCACAGCGUUGUGCGCACCGUGCUCAGCCUCGGUGUCUCCAUGCCCUUCUAUGCCGGCAUGCGCUCCUCACUCAUCGCCUCUGGAAUGGCACCAGACAGCGCUAGCCUGCACUUCUGCUGCAGCGCAGGCACAGGACUCGUGGCUUCCGUAGUCACCUUGCCCAGUGACUUCGCCAAGACAAGGAUUCAGUGUUCAGACCACACGAGGUGCCACACGGAGUCGGCUGUGAAAUUGCUCCGUACAAUGACAAAGUCGCAGGCCAUCCGCGCUAUAUAUAGUGGUCUGCCGCCGUACGCUGAGAAGAUCCUGCUACAGUCGGCGCUGGCUGCGGUUUUCUACGACCACCUGGCGGCCGUGUACCGCUGGCUGUCAGGCACGCGCGCACCAUCUGGCGGCGGCGUAGACACGUAG